AAUGAUCAGGGUUGUAUUUUAGGAUCUAAACCCUUUUCUUUUGUCAUUUCUCGUUUUCUUAAAAGCAUCCAUUAGAGGAAAGAAAGGUAUUCAUCUCCAGUUCUUCACAUUCAGCUCUUCGAGCUUCCCAGUUGUGUGGUGAGGCUUGCUCCUGCGUGAACUUCUGUUACCCUGAAGGAUCAUGGAUGCCGGCUCUGGGAACGGCUCUAGUGAGUUGGAGGCGGAAUCAAAUAAUGCUGACUCUGUUGAAGUGAUCCUAUCUAGUGGAGAAACAUUGCAAGAACUAGAUAAUGUUGGGAAGCUUAUUUCCAAGAUCGAACUAGACUUAGCAUGCUCCUCAGAGAAACUUGUUAAUUUGAGUGUACUUAAAAUGCAUUUGGAAACAAGAGAAAAUGGUUUUGAGGCUUUUGCUGCUGAGGAGCAAUCUAUAAAUGGUUGCCUUGAUAAGGCAUCUGAGUUUGACCUUUUAUCCACAUUCUUGGACUCUGAGGUAAGGGAACUAGGUGGUUUGUUGUCCACCCUUCAAAUGGAGAUUGACUAUUCCCACCAGCUCAUACCUUCACUUGAGGAUGCGGGAGAAUGUUGCAGGAUGUUGAAAGAAAAGUUGUAUGAUUCUGAAAGUUUACUAAAAGACUUAGAAGCUCAGCUGUUGGAAUUGGAGUCACAGUCAUCCAAUUUUCUUAGGAUUCUCUCAACUUCUACUGUGGAUGGAAAUCGGCAAGAUGAUGAGAGGGCUUUUGAAAGUAUUGAACUGGCUGCUCCGUUAACUCCAAAUACAAAGAUAAAAAUGGAGACUGCGGAGCAUCAAAGGCAUGUUUUGCAAAUGCUGGAAAAGUCCUUGGCGAAUGAGCUGGAUCUAGAGAAGAAGCUUUCUGAAUCAAAACAAAGUGAAGAAGACUUGAAACAUGGGUUGCAGCAACAGCUAUUAUGCUUAGAAGUAGAGCUUGAAGAUGCUUAUGAAAGGCUGUUUGAGGCAGAAAAUGCUUCUCAAGUUCUAUUGGGGGUUUCAAAAGAGCAUAGAAGAAGACUGCAGAUAACACAAUUUCAAAUAGACAGUGCAUUACAGAGAGAGGGAGACUUGAAGUCUAAAUUGACAAUUUUGAGUGAACAAUUGUCUGCUAAAGACAACUCAUUGCAGAAGUCAGAGAAUACUUGUGAAGAGCUUAGGAAAAAGGUUACCUCAGCUGAUAACAAAUUGAAUGAUACUGAUUUUUGCAAACAGACUGCUACAUCCUCUACUGAGAGAGGCUUUGACAUGAAGGUUCAUGAAAUGGAAGCUAAAUUAAAAGAUCUUAUGGAAAAUAAUGCCAGAGCUGAAAGAAGAGCUGAGGUUGCAGAGGCUGAGUGUAAAUCAUUAAAAGAUGCUAAUAUGAAACUUUACCAAGAUCUUAUUACCCUUGGGAGUAGUAGCAGUUUAACCUGUGAGAGAGUUUGUCUGCUUGAGAAGCAAUUGAAGGAAUCAGAGCUAAAUAUUCAACUUGCAGUAGCAUCUGCUGAAGCCAGUCAGGAGAAACAAACCAUGCUAAAUAUUACCAUCCAGGAUAUGGAAAAUGUAAUUGAGGUUCUUAAGUCGAAAGUUCUUGAGGCUGAAAGUCAAAUUGAGAGUGCUGAAGAAAAGUGCAUCAUCCUAUCAGAAGCUAAUGCAGAUCUCAAUGACGAACUGAAUCUUCUGAAGGGUAGAAUGAAAUGCUUGGCAUCAUCGUUGCAUCAAGCUGAGGAAACAAAGAAGGCAACUGCCAGAGAUAUUAGCCUUCAUGCUAAACUGAUAACAGACUUGAUUAUGCAAUUGACACUUGAAAGAGAAAAGCUUCAUAAGCAGAUAUCUUCAUUGGCAAAAGAGAAAAAAGCAUCAGUUAUGCAGUCUGAGGGAAAAGAAACGGUCCCUGAUGCGCUUUUUGUUGGAGACGACGAAGAAUAUACGGGAAAGUUCAUUCCCUCCAAGCGUGAUGUUUUGUUUGCAAAAUCACCAAAAGAGAGUGGAGAAGCGGCUGAGCUGUCUUUUAAUAAUUUGCAGGACAAACAAAAUGAAGCAAUGUUGAAUGAUGAAGAAGACACUCUUUCAGUAUCCAAGCUUGGUCCCACAAGGGACAUAGAUGCAAGGCAGCUUAAGUUGAGCUACUUCUUCAUAGCUGCUCUUUUGAUUAUGGUUCCAGCUCUUCUGGCUGCUCUGUAUCAGCACAAGAGCAGCAAAUCGUGAUGAUGAUUGUGCCGACUGAGUCGAUACUGGCUUCAAGGAACCCAAAGCCAUCUUUGGGGGUUAAAUGUUGAACAACACCUUGAGACACAAAAAGAAACAAAGAAGUUUCAACAUGAUCAGGAGACAUAGCUACUCGAAGAACAUCAUAGAAUUUUGUUUGUACCUUCAUAUAACUGUGCUACUUAGCAGUUAGUUAAAAAAGCAUAAUGGAUAUAGUAUAAGGACACCUGAUUGGCCGAUUAAGUGACUUGACUUCCUUAAAAGAAAAACAAUUGUCUUUGCUAUUGUGUCUCUACUCUUAAAUUAAAAGUGGAGAUACAUAGCAGUUUUACAGUUAUACAUGAAACUGUUUCAG